GAUGUUUAAGAAACUUAUAUGUUUCUGGAUGGUAGUAAAGCUAUUUUGCAGCGAUACAACGGAAGAAGACUACAGCUAUGCAGAAUUACCUCCCAUAACAUUCAGCAGUAUGAACUCAACUUUAGAAGUACUAAAUGAACAUGGAGCAAACCCAAUGAAUAAACCAAUUGCUCUUCGUUCAUCGGAUUCACUUUCAGGACUUGGGAUCAGUGCAAAUCUGCUAGGAGUGCAUGCAGGCGCAGGUUUAGACCAUGACCGUAGAGGCUAUGAUAAUAUGUGCCAAGGGUUUAGUGCCAAACCUGCGGGAAGUCAAUAUCCAUACCCUUUGUAA